AUGGAGGGGAGACGUGGUCGUAGACGUGGACGUGGCCGUGGAGCUAAGCGAGUUCAGGAACCAAGGGAAGAAAGGGAAAUAUCGGCUGAGCAAGGACAAGGACCGAGAGUUGAAGCCGGAGAUCAAAUGGCAACGACAAUACAACAAAUGACGAAUAUCUUUGCAAGAUUGGUAGAUCAACAAGGUCAAAUGCCCGUGAACCAACCCCAGAACCCUGAAAUAGCAGAAGAUCGGGCUCUUGAGAGAAUAGGUAAUAGGCAAAUGAUUAUAACACUCGAGGAAGUAGCUGGCCUCUUUAAUCUGCCUAUGCAUGGAACUGCCUUGGUUUUUCCGUCCGCUUCAGACAAGGUAGAAUUUUGCAAGAUCAUAGGAUUGAAAGAGUCGGUAUUGCGAGGAUCAGACCAAGGCGUCGCCGUGAAUAUUCUGUUUGAACGUUUUGCACCACGCGAUGGGUUUGAGAGGCAUGUGAAAGAUUUUGCGUUCACCUCCAAAGACAUAUGGGAGCAUAAAAGACCAUUAGUAUAUGGAGUAGCUAUGGCUGGGAUCUAUUUCUUCCCGAGGAAGGAUCAGAAGAUAGCUUUCAAAUUAGCAAAAGUUGUGAAUGAUCUUUUUUUGGGAAUCCAGGAAAAACAAUGCUCUAUAGUCCCGACCCUUCUCGCAGACAUUCUUUUAGCCUGUAACAGUUACAAAAAGGGAGAAAAGUUCUUUUAUGGGGCGAAUUUGGUUCUGCAUAUAUGGGCCAUGGGGCAUUUCAGGAGACGAUCAUCUAUUACCAAUAGCCUGCCGGUAGUUGGAUACAAUUGGAUAGUUACACAUCACAAAAGAGUCAACGAAAAGGGUCUACCGAAGAACGCAUCCGAAUAUUUGGAUUAUUUGGAAAUGUUGCAAGAUCAUGACAUUAGGUGGGUAUUGGAUUGGACGGACUGUUCUAAACCAGUACUUCGCACUAAGGUGUCAGAAUGUGUUCUUUUGCUGGGCACUCAAGGAAUCAUCUCAUAUACCCCGAAGAGGUUUCUCAGACAACUAGGUCGCAUCCAGGGAAUACCGUCUGCAUCUGAGUUGAGUGAAGUCACCGUUUUUUUUGAUAAGGGAAUAUGUCCAAAAGAGAUCCCUAUGAAGAGCCAAAUCACCGAAGCUUGGAGAACAAUAUCCGAUGAUAGAUGCAUUAGUUAUCUUUCGGAACUCAAACAGAAAGGUGUAGCAACUUCCCAAUAUGAGAGUUGGUUAAGAAACUCCAUCACGCAAGAGUUGCAAUGUAAGCCAUAUGAGGAGUUCAAGAAGUUGAAAGCCAUCAUUGAAGCCAAGGACAAGGAGGUUCUACAGUUGAAGAAAUCCGUCGAGGCACACAAGGAAAGGGCAGAGGAAAACAAAAGGUUGUAUGAAAAGGAACGAGAAGAGCGCCAAGAGAUGAAACGGAAAUGUGGGAAAUUACAUGAUCAAGCCGAACGUGUCAAGAUUCCGUAUGCUAGAGAAACUAGAGAUUCUGUAUUUCUCACAAUAGCUACCCAAAGAAAUCCCAUCAUCACCAGGUCUCGAAGUAGAGCCUUGAGACAGCCUGUAAACAUGAGUUCAAUGCCAGAAACUUCGGAAAGAUCUGCUAUGGUUACGACACCGGAUUUCACAGCAUUGGGAGCUCAGUUAAGUGAGGUAGUUGAUAAGUUCAAUGAGUUAAGUGUUGAAAUGGCCGCACAGAGGCGUGUCAUUGAUCAGUUGGUAACAAGCAAUAGUGGUGGUGGUGUCCCAAACGACCGAGAAUCUGUCGAUAACCACCCACAUGCACAAGACAAUCAACCACCCCACACAUCCAAUGCCCAGACAACUUUCCUUCCUUCCUUUGCUAAUCCCCUUGAAAAUACCUUUACCCAACUAAAUUCAGACCUUUCCUAUACGCAUCCGAAUUAUAUACUGAUUAACCCAACCAGUAACCAAAUACCUCAAACCCAUCCACAAACCAAUCUGAACGUUCCCCCCAACCCUCAGGAACCCCACCAUCACGUUGCAGCACCUUUUGUGUUGGAUACUGCAUCUCAAGGGAAGGCGGCGGUAGAAGAACAACCUGUGCCUAUUGACAAAGAUCUGUUGAGAAGAUUGGAUCGAUUCGAUGAUUUUAUGAAGAAGAAUCAAGGAUUGAGCAGGCAUGGUGGGUUGGAUUACGAUGAAUUGUGUCUUUUCCCAGAUAUUCAGCUACCAUUGGGAUUCAAAACUCCCAAAUUCAGCAAAUAUGAUGGAACUGAAAAUCCCAAAACGCAUCUUAAGAUGUUUGCCAACAAGUUAGGUAAGCCAGUGGAUGAUGAAAAUUUGCCUAUGCAUCUAUUUCCGGAAAGUUUAGAGGGGGACGCUCUAGAUUGGUAUUCAAAUUUGAAAUCUGGAGAGGUAAAAACUUGGUUAAAUCUGUCAACAGCUUUUGUGAAGCAGUAUGAGUUUAAUUGUGAAUUGGCACCGACACGAACAACACUGGAGGGUACAAAAAGAAAGCCAUCGGAAGAUCACAAGACCUAUGCAAAGCGGUGGAGAAAGUUAGCUGCCAAAGUGGAGCCACCCAUGACUGAGGAGGAGAUUGUUCGUACUUUCAUCAAGACUCAUGAUCUACCCUACUUUGAAGAGAUUUUUCGCAUGAUUGGAAGUUCAUUUGCCGCUAUUAUUAACAAGUUGGAGGAAUACGACGAGUUUGUCAAUGCAGGGAAGAUUGUUAAUGUAUCGGCAUUGAAGUUGCAAUUGGAUGCUUUACAGAAUCAAAGCAACAUUGGGAAAAAGUCCCAAUUUAAGAAGAAAGAAGGAGAAACUGCUUUUAUAUGGGAUCAAGGGAAGUGCAAAAAGCAAAGGCAAUUCCGAACCUUCACCAAUUUGGGCCGACCCAUUGAUCAAUUGUAUGAGCAGUUAAGAGCAGUUGGAAAAAUUAGCACUGUUCCUCCCAAACUCUAUCCCAGAGGUCCUCCUGACGGUUAUGAUCCACAAGCAAUCUGUGCCUACCAUUCUGGAAGUCCAGGUCAUACCACUGGCAAUUGUUGGGCUCUAAAACAUAAGAUCCAGGAUAUGAUUGAUUCUGGAGACAUCGUUCUUAGAAGAAAGGGAGAGCAGGGACCGAAUGUUAGUAAGAAUCCUUUACCUGAGCAUGGGAACACUGUGGGAGUUAUCAUCACUGAUGAAGAUUGUGUCGAUCCCACUCAGUACAUUGUAGAUGAAACUGAAGUGUUUGGCGUGAUAGAGGCUGACCAUGCGAGAAUGAGAAAACUGUCGCCUGUUGAAAAGUCCAUGACUAAGGAUAAUGUCGAGGAAAAUUUGAAAUCUUUUGUGUUUGAAAAAGAGGAGCCAUUCAUAGCAGAAGGGGGAGUUUCCGAGGUUAACAAAGUUCCUUUUAUUCUGGAUCUGCCAUCUUUUGAAUGGGAUGUAUCAGAGCCUGUUAUUCUCGAAUUUCCAGAACAAAUGCCUGUCAAUAACUUGCAAGAGAUACCAUGGAACUACGAGGAACCUAGUCUGUUGAUUGGAGAUAAAAAAUGCUUGAAGGAGGAGGUACCUACUGUUGCCAGGUCUGAAAAAGCUGCGAAAAAUUCCGAAAUCGGCUUUCAAUUCAGAGCCAAGGAUAAUUCUUCAACGCCCAAGCCUCUUGUGUCUGAAAAGGAAGCUGUGGAUUUUUUAAAGAUGCUGAAGAGAAGUGAAUACAAAACAGUGGAGCAAUUGGAUAGGAUGUCUACUCAAAUUUCUUUUCUGAAUCUUCUCUUGACCUCCGAGCUACAUAGAGAAGCAUUGCUCAAAAUUCUGAAUGAAGCUCAAGUCCCUAAGGAUAUUCCGUUGGAUAAAUUUUCUAACAUCGUGGGGAAUGUACUUGCUGCUAAUCAUAUUACCUUCUCUGAUGACGAUCUGACUGCAGAGGGGAUCGGGCAUAACACAGCCUUGUAUAUAUCAGUCCGUUGCAAUGGAAAGCUGUUACCGAGGGUUUUAGUGGAUAAUGGGUCAGCGUUGAAUAUCUGUCCAUGGAACACUCUCACCAAGCUUGGAUUUCUUGAUAUUAAACUCCGUCCAUCUGCAACUGUGGUUCGAGGAUUUGAUGGUUCAAAAAGGGAAUCUAUGGGUGAAGUAGAUCUGGUAUUGGAGAUAGGCCCUGCUCAAUUCCAAGUUACUUGCCAAGUCAUGGAUUUUUCCAGCGUUUACAAUAUUUUGCUUGGAAGACCUUGGAUACAUGCUUCCAAUUCAGUGCCAUCUUCGUUGCAUCAAAUGUUGAGGUUUAUUGCGAAUGAUCAACUCAUUACUGUGUUUGCUGAGGAUGACUGUACCAUGAUCGUUGAUGCAAAAUUCAAUGAUGAAAACAGACAAAGGAAUCCAACUUCAGCUCAUCAUGUUGCUGACAUCGUCUCUGUGGGAUGGGCAUCCAGGGAUAAGUCGCUAACUCAUUCAGAUUUGCCAGAGGCCAGUAUUAUGAUGGCGAGGGAGAUGAUCCGAGGCGGAUACGAAAUAGGAAAAGGUCUUGGGAGAGAAUUACAAGGAAUUUUGGAGCCAAUAGAUAUCCCGACGCAGAAGGAUACAUUUGGAUUGGGAUUUAAUCCGACUGCUAAGGAUAGAAAGGAAAUGCAAGCUCGAAAACAAGCUGAAAAGAAGGGCAAGCAAACUGCCUUAAAUAUCCCGCCGCUAUAUCACACUUUUCCUCGUCCAUCAGAAGUGAUCGUGCCAGAAACAAAAAAUUUUGUGGAGGAAAUUGAAGUGGACCUAUCUCAAUUAUUUGUCGGGGCAAUUGAUGAAGAGGAGCCAUCAGAGAAUUCAAAAUUUUUGCCAAUUAUCGAGGGAGCCAUUCAAAAUUGGACUGCUGAUUAUUUUCCCUCUCGAAGGGAAUUUCGAUGGCCACAAAUAAAACCCUUUGACCCUUUGGAUGUCACCAUUUUGGAAUUCGAUGGCUGCAACCUCGAUAUCUCUCAUGAGCUUGAAAUCAUGCAAUUUGAAAUUCAAAACGAGAGCGAUAAUGAGGAAGAAUUUGAGUCUGUUUCCAGAGAUUUAAAACAGUAUGAAAAGAAAUCCAAACCCAACUUAGAAGAAACAGAAAUCAUCAAUAUUGGCACCAAGACUGAGGUUAAAGAGGUUAAAAUCAGCAUUCAUUUGAAUAAGAAACAGAAGGAGGAAAUGAUUGAAUUCUUAAUGAUAUUUCAAGAUGUGUUCGCAUGGUCAUAUGAUGAUAUGCCAGGGAUCUCUACAGAUAUAGUGGUUCACAAGUUGCCAAUUGAUCCAAAUUUUUUACCUGUAAAGUAGAAGCCGCGUAAAUUCAAACCAGAAAUGAGUCUCAAGAUAAAGGAACAAGUUGUGAAGCAACUCAAUGCUAAGAUAAUCAUGGUGUCUCAUUAUCCCACCUGGCUAUCGAAUCCUGUGCCAGUGCCUAAGAAAUCUGGUGAGGUGCGAGUAUGUGUUGAUUACAGAGAUUUGAAUAAGGCUAGUCCGAAGGACGAUUUUCCUUUGCCAAAUAUUCAUAUUCUUUUAGACAAUACUGCUGGACAUGAAAUUGAAUCUUUUGGUGAUUGUUUUGUUGGGUAUCAUCAAAUCUUAAUGGCAGAAGAAGACAGAGAGAAAACCUUUUUUAUCACCCCAUGGGGAACCUUUUGUUAUCGAGUGAUGCCUUUCGGGUUGAAAAAUGCUGGAGCCACUUAUCAGAGGACCAUGACUACCUUGUUCCAUGACAUGAUUCACAAGGAGAUGGAGGUUUAUGUGGAUGAUAUCAUAAUUAAAUCCAAGAAGGUCGGGGACCAUUUGGUUGAUUUAAAGAAGCUGUUUGAAAGAUUGAGGAGGUAUAAUUUGAAGUUGAACCCUGCAAAAUGUGCUUUUGGAGCUCCGGAUGGUAAGUUAUUAGGUUUUAUUGUCAGCAAAAAGGGUAUAGAGAUAGAUCCUGCGAAAAUAAAAGCAAUUCGAGAUAUGCCCAUUCCAAAAAGUCAAAAAGAUGUGAAAAGUUUUCUUGGAAAGAUCAAUUUCAUUGGCCGAUUCAUUGCACAGUUAACCUCUACCUGUGAGCCUUUGUUCAAAUUGUUGAAAAGGAAUGCGCCGAUGGAUUGGAAUGAAGAUUGCCAACAGGCUUUUGAUAAGAUCAAGAAUUAUUUGUUAAAUCCUCCGAUCUUAGUGCCACCUCAGCCAGGGAGGCCUUUGAUUAUGUAUUUGUCUGUUCUUGAUGAGGCUGUCGAAUGCGUUCUGGGACAGCAUGACAAGUUUGGCAGAAAAGAGCAAGACAUCUACUAUCUGAGCAAGAAAUUUACAGCAUAUGAGGCCAACUAUUCUUUCCUUGAGAGAAGUUGUUGUGCUUUAGCAUGGGCAGCUCAGAAGUUGAGACAUUAUUUGCUCGGUUAUACCACUUACUUAAUUUCCCGUUCUGAUCCUCUAAAAUACCUGUUGGAAAAGUCGAUGCCCACGGGACGUAUGGCUAAGUGGCAAAUGAUCCUUUCCGAGUUCGACAUUGUCUUCACAACACAAAAGGCAGUCAAGGGUCAAGCUAUAGCGGAUCAUUUGGCAGAAAAUCCAAGAGAUGAUGAUUACAGAGAUGAUGAUUAUCAGCCAUUGCAUACCUACUUUCCUGAUGAAGAAAUCCUGUUCGUUGGAGCGGUUGAGGACAUGAGUGAGCAGUAUCCUGGAUGGAGGUUAUUUUUUGACGGGAAACAUUAUCCUGCUACUGCCAAAUUACGAUUUCCUUGUACCAACAACAUGGCUGAGUAUGAAGCUUGUAUUUUUGGAUUGAAAAUGGCAUUGGACAUGGAGAUCAAGGAUCUGAUAGCAUUCAGUGAUUCAGAUUUACUUGUGCACCAGACGCUUAAACAGUGGGUAACUCGGGAUUCAAAAAUUAUGUUGUAUCAUUGUAACUUGCUUAGUUUGGCCAGCAAAUUCAGGAAUUUGGAACUCAGACAUAUUCCCCGCACUCGUAAUGCCUUUGCUGAUGCUUUAGCUACUCUGUCUUCGAUGAUCCAACAUCCAGAUGAGCUGGUGAUUGAACCUAUACAGAUUCAACUUCAGAAUAGGCCAGCGCAUUGUCUGGUUACAGAAAGGGUCACUGAUGGUCGCUCCUGGUACAAGGAUAUUAAGGAAUUCAUGAAAACAGGAUCCUACCCUCCUGAUACUGAUUCUGUUGCAAAAAUUUUCUUACGCAGAAUGUCAUCAAGAUUCUUCUUGAAUGGAGAAGUGCUAUACAAGAAAACAUCUGAUUUGGGCCUUCUGAGAUGCAUCAAUGAAGAGGAAGCCGAUUAUAUGAUGAAAGAGAUGCAUAGUGGGGUUUGUGGGCCACACAUGAAUGGGCAUCUACUGGCUAAGAAGAUCAUGAGAACAGGAUAUUUUUGGCUUACCAUGGAUAUGACUGCUCCAUGGCCAUGUUCGAUCUGGGGAAUGGAUGUGAUCGGAACUAUUGAUCCUUCUGCUUCAAAUGGGCAUCGAUUCAUUUUAGUGGCGAUUGAAUAUUUCACCAAGUGGGUUGAGGCCGCAUCCUAUAAGCAUGUGACUAAGAAAGUGGUGUCGGAUUUCUUGAGAAAUAAUAUCAUCUGUCGUUUUGGGGUACCAGAGACGUUGAUCACUGAUAAUGCCAAGAACCUCAAUAAUGAUAUGGUGGAUGGAUUAUGUGAACAGUUCAAGAUUAAACAUCGAAAUUCGGCCAUUUACAGGCCUCAGAUGAAUGGAGCCGUUGAAGCUGCAAAUAAAAAUUUGAAAAAGAUUCUUAUGUAUGGAAUGGAAGCAGUCCUGCCUGCAGAAGUUGAAAUUCCUUCCUUGCGCAUUCUGAUGGAAGCUCAGAUAGAAGAAGCUGAAUGGGUUAGAGAACGUCAGGAGCAGUUGUCUCUAAUUGAUGAAAAGAGAUUGAAUGCCGUCUGUCAUGGACAAUGUUAUCAGCAACGAAUGGCCCGUGCUUACAACAAAAAGGUUAAGCCCCGUUUGUUUGAAGUUGGAGAUAAGGUUUUGAAACGGAUUCUUCCAAUGCAAGAUGAGGCUAAAGGGAAGUUUGCUCCCAAUUGGCAAGGACCAUUCAUUGUUAAGAAAGUGCUAUCCGGAGGAGCGCUUAUCCUUAUGGAAAUGGACGGUCAAAUUUUUCCCCAACCAAUCAAUGCAGACAUGUGCAAAAAGUUUUUCAUUUGA